GAGAUAGUCAGCCACCGUUUGCCAGUACAGUAGAGUAAUUUGAGCUGCUGGAACGUAUGUACGUGAAGCGCGCUUGCAACGGGUCUACGGGGCAGGUUACUUGCUAUACGAUUUUUUUUUUUUUGUACUUUUGGGGUCCAACUCGUUAAACAUAUUCGAUUUGUAGUCGUCGCGAAGGUAAUAACGGUAGAACCCCGAUUGAAAAAGGGAUGCUGAAGAAUUUUCGUAGACGGAACUAACGAAAAAGUUCCGUGGCGCCAUCGAGUGUAGGGAAAAAAAAAAUCGUGAAAAUCGCGAACUGUGCGUUUUCUUUUUGUUUUAAAUUUAACGGUCGUAGAGGCAUUCAAAUUAGUUGAAAAAUUCAAUAGUGCCAAUUUACUGAGUGAAACUUGGAAAAAGAGCAGAAUUUUUAAUAAAAAUGAAACCGAAUAAAACUAACAAGAAUAGAAGUAAUUCCACGAAAUAAAGCAAAACUGGUUGUUACACUGAAAUGCUGACACAGCGCUUACGGACUUUGUGAAUGUUCAAUAAGAAACCAAUACCAAUACCAAUACCAAUGCAUCAACAACAAAAAACACACAAAGAAAACGCUACAACAACAACAACAACAACAACAACACAACACAGAGCCAACAACAGACGUAUCGUUACGAAAACCGGACUUGAAACGACUGAAAUUCCAAUGUUGACAGAAACAAACUUAAAAAAAAAAACUUAAAUGAAUAAAUAAAAAACGAAAUAGUAAAAGAAAAAGUAUGCGACAAAUACAAAAUAAAUAAAUCGACUAAGUAAAAACAAAAACAAAAUGUGAUGUAUUCAAAUUAAAGCAACAGAAUAAACGAUCAAAAGCUUAACCACCACAAAUCAAUACUACAGCAAUUUUAAGCCGACAAAACAGACAAAAAAAGUAAAUAAAAAAUAAAUAAAAAUCAAAAAGUUGCUAAAACCCCCAAAGCCCAACAACAACAAUAGCUUAAUAGUUUUAAGUGCAGCUACACCUAGAAAAUCAACACAACACACACAAAAAAAGUGGAAGGCCAAAAAAUUCUACACAAUUAGAUUUACAAAUUUCAAAAGAAAACAAAAAAACAGCUGAAAAUCGCAAACAAAGCAGUAAAAAAAUAAGAUUACUAUUGAGAAAAACUCCAGCGGCCAAAUCUGUCAACCCUUAACAACUGGAUACAAAACACACAAGCAUACACCUACUCCAGGAAAUGUUUCAGCCUUCAAACACCCAACCCACACACAAUAGCACCCAAUUAGCCAAAUUGUUACUAAUUCCGCGGGGAUACUUAAUUAAUGGCUGUUUAAUAAAACCAUAAACGACAGUACGAUGCAAUAAUAAUACAUGAAAUAAGAAUGAAAAGAAGAAAGCAAAGAUACAAAGCCACACACAACUAUGUAUGUACUUAAUAAAAAAAGCCAAAGUACAGAAAGCUUGAUCAAUUUGUGAUAUGAAGGUGUGAGAUCAACCAACGUAACAAAUCAACACAGAAUAAAAUUUGUUAGAAAAUUUCAACAAUUCAAUAACCGGUCGAUUAACAACAACAGCAACAAGGCGUUUAAGCAGCGAAAUUUUUGAAAUUUUAACGGCCAGUCAGUCGGCAAGCAACAACCCUCCGAGUAAGCGCAGGCAUUCGCACAGCGCUUGAGCGGCAGUAAAACAAACAACCGAGAGGCGCAAGCAAGCCAGCAAUAGUGAGUCAGUAAGUCGACCAAGUGAGCGAGCACAACGACCAGCCGGAAAGGACGCUAACAAGGAGGAAGGAAGGAAGGAAGGCAACUGCAGCAGCGGCAGCGCACAAUUCAACUUCGCUAUGGGAAAUUCAUCGUCACACACACACGAACCACUGGAGCGCGGCUUCACACGCGGAAAAUUUGGUGAUGUUAAAAAUGGGAAAUCGGCAUCAUUUCGCUUUAGCAAGAAAUCACCAAAGAAAAUGGAUCGCUUGCGUCGAUCCUUUCGCGAUUCGUUUCGUCGUCGGAAGGACCGUGUGCCCGAAUCAUCGAAACCGCAUCAAUGGCAGGCCGACGAGGAGGCAGUACGUUCGGCGACCUGUUCGUUUGCGGUGAAAUAUUUGGGUUGCGUUGAGGUAUUCGAGUCGCGCGGUAUGCAAGUUUGCGAGGAGGCCCUAAAAGUAUUGCGGAAUUCGCGCCGUCGACCCAUACGCGGCGUGCUGCACGUUAGCGGCGAUGGACUGCGCGUCGUGGACGAUGAGACAAAGGGCCUCAUUGUCGAUCAGACCAUCGAGAAAGUGAGCUUCUGCGCCCCAGAUCGUAACCACGAGCGCGGUUUCAGCUACAUUUGUCGCGAUGGCACUACGCGUCGUUGGAUGUGUCAUGGUUUCUUGGCGUGCAAAGAGCUCGGCGAACGUCUCUCACAUGCCGUGGGUUGUGCUUUUGCCGUCUGUUUGGAGCGCAAGCAACGUCGCGAUAAGGAAUGUGGUGUCACCAUGACGUUCGAUGUUAAGAAUUCGACAUUUACGCGUACCGGUUCGUUUCGCCAGCAAACUCUGACCGAGCGUUUGGCGCAAGGUGAAACACCCUCGGCUGUUGUGCCGCCACAGCCAAAACCCUAUAAUCCCUUCGCCAUUGAGCGUCCACACGCCACACCUUCAAUGCUAGAGCGACAGGGUUCGUUCCGUGCAUUCAGCACCAUCGGUAGUCAGUCACCUUUCAAGCGGCAGAUGUCACUGCGCAUCAACGAUCUUCCGUCCAACACAGAACGACAGAAGGCAUUUUUGGCAGCUGCUAAUGGCGGUUCACUUGCCGCUGCGUUAGCCACACCAAAUCGUAGUGUUUCACCCAUACCCGAGAUCUCACCAGCUAAGAUGGGCGGCGGCAUCGCAGAUUUAGAUAAUGGCAUCGCCACCAUCGACACGGUCAGCCAAUUGUGUCAGGAGCUCAGUCAGGGUUUGUCGUUGCUCAGCCAAACUGAUGCAAUGAUUGCUGCUGGCGAUGAUCUCAAUUUCAAUAACAAUUUGAGCAUUAAUCAGAAUAUCAUUGCCGCGGAAAAGACGCAACAACAACAGAAGGGAAUCUCCACACCAACUGGAUUGUCGGCAACUGCCAGCAAUAACAGCAUCGCAGCUGCCGCCGCCGGCGCCAGUAUUAGAAUGUACGAAUACGCCGAGGGCGCAGUGAGUAGCGGUUCAAUUGUGGGCGCCACCACCACCACACCUACGGCACAAGUAGCGCCACGCGUCUCCUCGGUGUCGCCAAUAUCCACAAAUUCGCCCGUACAUACGCCUACAACACCAACGUUGACUAUGACACCGCCACCGCCACCAACAACUGUACGUCCAGUGGAGGUGGUAGCACCACUGCCCAAUGCUGAUCAGUGGCUAGGCGAAGUGGUGAAGAAGACAUCGCCUGCGGUUAUCAAACGUGCGCCACGCUUGCUCAACUCAACAGGACGCACUCAGUCAAUGAGCGCCGCACCGCCAUUAGGUGUCGACCCCUUCGAUGCCGAAUGGGUAGCCGGUGUAACAAAACCACUCUCACCCGAUCUGCCAGUGGCACCCACAACGCCAGUGGGAGAGAUAGUAGUAACACCCACUUUAAGCAGUACAGCUGCCCCACUACACAGUACCAAUCCAUUCAUUUCACCGCCGAAGGUACCGGCGCAAACAUUCCAGGUGCAACUGUAGACGACGGCGAAAGAGGAAGUGGGAAGUCCUCAUGCUACUUAAUUGAGAGGAGGAGGAGGAGGAGGAGCGCGAGAAAGAGACGGUAUGUGGCAUGUGUGUUGUGUGCGACUUGCGUACGAGCGAAAAAAGCUAAGCAACUCAGUAGCUGCAAAGUUGGAGUGGAGAGCCAGAGGAUUAAAGCACAAUGGGCGCUUUAGCUGCAUUGGUGGGCAGAGUUGACGCACUCACAGCCGCGUCACUUUCGCGAAUCUGCUAUGAAACGAAUGUAGACUAAUUCUGCUGGGCUCUUCUUCGAGCAAAGAGUUGAGUAGCUGCUUGUGAACAUCUCUGUGUUACUUUUAUUUACAUUUCCAACACCUAAAAGUAUGCAAUGUUUGAGCGCGUUUUAUAUUAACUUUUCGGACCAGAAUGCAUGUAACAAGAAGAGAGUAUACUUUGGAAAGGACUCGUAAGGAAACAAUGUAAAAACAGAAAAUGGUGUGACCUUUAGUGAUAGAAAUAGAAGAGCUUAUUUAGCACACGACGCGAGGUUCUGUAUAUUAGCGCGAGUAAAUUUUUUGACUUUACGUGUAUAUGUAGCAUAGUGCGAUUCUACGCAUAUUUCUAACAAAAUUUGCUGAAGAAACCAUGGAUCUAAAAUCAAUUUGAAAUUUUCACUGUUGCUCCCUUUUGCGGAAGUUUAAAGAAAACGAUAAGUGCAGAGAUGGAUUCCUUACAGAAUUUUUUUAUACAAAAUUUUAAGAAACAAAAUGCUAAGAAACUUAUUUUCGCAUUUUUCUAAACUCCAAAUUGAUUUUAGGCCUAUGGUUUCUUCGGCAAAUUUGCUUAGAAUCAAACGUAGAAUCGUUCUGUGCUAUACGUGCAUAGCCGAAAAAAUCUCCCAUACAAAUUGACCCGCCCUAAUGUAGAUAUAUUAAGUGCUGUACACUGCGCGUACACUGCGAGGAAAUUAUUUUGUUGUCAAGUAGCGAGCUUUAAGGUCAUUUGUUGAGAUGACAGCUGUUGAAUCCACCACUUUUUCACUAGUUAGAGACUAGUUGCAAGGUGUCGAAGUUGCAGUAAGCUUUUGAAAAAUUGCUGGUUUUGCUAAAAUUUAAACUAGAAACAAAUUUACCUUUUUUCACUAGUUCCGGUUAAAAAUUAAACAGUUCUCUAAAGACUGGUUAAAUUCGAUUAAUCAAAUUUGUUUAUAAAAGUUCAGAUGUGAAACCGGAAGAAACUACCUACGUUUUC